UCUACAAAUAUGGUGCUCCUCCCCUCGUGAAGCUCGACUCAGCAGUGACCGAGCUGCACCGAAAGCUGAUCGCCGAGUCGCCGCCGAGAAGACCGCCGGUCCUCCUCCUCCUCUGCUCCCCCCGGAUCGAGCCUCUCCUCAACCGCCGCCGGCAUCUCCUCCGACUCCAACUCAUUUCGAAGCAAAGGUAAUCGUAAUGGCGACCGUUACUGCUGCACACUUUGUAUCACGAAGCGCACAGGUGAAUCGCCAUGGGAACUCGGGAGCCGAAGCUAAAGCAAACUUGGCACAGAUAAGCCUAAGGAAUGCGUCAAUGACCCACAACGGAUUGAGAUCCGUGAACAAGCUGGAUGCUCUCAGAUCUCAUGCAAAAGCAACCAGGGAGAAAGUUGAGAGAAAAGUUAACAAGGCUGGAAAUGGCAGUUUGGCUGGGAAAAUUGUCUGCAGAGAGGGGAUGAACUUGGUUUUUGUGGGAGCUGAGGUGGCUCCUUGGAGCAAAACUGGAGGACUUGGUGAUGUUCUUGGUGGUUUGCCACCGGCAAUGGCAGCCAGAGGGCAUCGAGUCAUGACUGUUUCUCCUCGCUAUGAUCAAUACAAAGAUGGGUGGGAUACUAGCGUUUUAGUUGAGAUAAAAGUUGGAGACAGAAUUGAAACUGUUUGCUUCUUCCACUGCUACAAACGGGGAGUUGAUCGUGUAUUUGUUGAUCACCCAAUGUUUCUUGAGAAGGUAUGGGGCAAGACAGGCUCUAAAGUAUAUGGGCCACGGACAGGGCAAGAUUACGAGGAUAACCAACUUCGCUUUAGCUUGUUGUGCCAGGCUGCUCUAGAGGCACCUCGGGUUCUGAAUUUAAACAACGGCAAAAAAUUUUCAGGACCAUAUGGUGAAGAUGUUGUCUUCGUUGCCAAUGACUGGCACACUGCUCUUCUUCCAUGCUACCUCAAAACAAUGUACCAAUCUCGAGGGCUUUACAAAAAUGCCAAGGUAGCAUUCUGCAUCCACAACAUCGCCUACCAGGGAAGAUAUGCCUUUGCAGAUUUCUCCCUUCUCAAUCUACCUAAUGAAUAUAAGAGUUCUUUUGACUUCAUUGAUGCGCAUCUCAAGCCUGUGAAGGGAAGGAAAAUCAACUGGAUGAAGGCUGGAAUUAUAGAAUCACACAGGGUCUUAACUGUGAGUCCAUACUACGCAGAGGAACUUAUUUCUGGUAUUCCAAAGGGUGUGGAAUUAGAUAACAUCAUCCGGAGAUGUGGCAUCACUGGCAUUGUCAAUGGCAUGGAUGUUCAAGAGUGGAAUCCAGCGACUGACAAGUACAUAGAUAUCCACUAUGACGAGACAACCGUUAUGGACGCAAAGCCUCUAUUGAAGGAAGCUCUUCAAGCAGCUUUCGGUUUGCCUGUUGACAGAAACAUCCCUCUGAUCGGUUUCAUUGGUAGACUGGAAGAGCAGAAGGGAUCUGAUAUCUUAGCGGCAGCAAUUCCGAAAUUCACUGGGGAGAAUGUUCAAGUUGUUGUACUGGGAACUGGCAAAAAGACUAUGGAAAGGCAGCUCGAGGAGCUGGAGAUCAAGUAUCCAAGCAACGCUAGGGGAGUGGCAAAAUUCAAUGUGCCUCUGGCCCAUAUGAUCAUUGCUGGGGCUGAUUUCUUGUUGAUUCCUAGCAGAUUUGAACCUUGUGGUCUCAUACAGUUGCAAGCCAUGAGAUAUGGAACGGUGCCAAUUGUCGCAUCAACCGGUGGACUCGUCGACACUGUUAAAGAAGGGUUUACAGGGUUCCAAAUGGGAGGCUUCAGUCUCGACUGUGAUGAGGUCGAUCCAGCUGAUGUGGAUGCUGUGGCGAGAACAGUCAAGAGAGCACUCACAACUUAUGGCACAGCUGCCCUGAAAGAGAUGAUCAGUAACUGCAUGGCUCAAGAUCUUUCGUGGAAGGAACCAGCGAGACUCUGGGAAAAGAUGCUUCUGAGCCUUGAGGUUGCCGGUGGCGAACCUGGUGUCGAAGGGGAAGAAGUCACCCCCCUCGCCAAGGAAAACAUUGCCACUCCUUGAGUAAACCGGGCUAAUACGCGCUCGGUUUUUAAGCGCUACCAACAUGUAUAUGCUAUGUCUUUUAACAUGGACUUCGAGGAUGGACGAGAUCAGCGUUUGCGAGGUUGUGUCGGCCCGGUCGGAGAGCGAAACGGUGCAAAUCUGACAGAGGCUUAGUACUUGCUUGGCUAGAAAAGGAAAAUAAAACAGAAGCAAAUAAGAGAGAUGCCACUAGUUCCGUUGAAAGAAAGAGGGAAAAAUCUAGAGGGGCGCUGUCUGUGCGCAGCGCUUCUAUAGUAACUACUGGUGGAUCCCAAAUGUCGAGUAAAAUAGUAUGGUUCUUAUCUUUUGU